UAAGUAAAGUGUAUCAUGUACACUUAUGUAUGUCCUGUGUGCCAGGUGUUUGUGGAGUUCUCACCCUCACAAGCAGUCCCAGGGGAGAAGAACACGCUGCAGCUCUCGGCCCAGCCCGGCUCCCUCUGUGGCCUCAGCACUGUGGACAAGAGUGUUCACAUCAUGGAGCCAGGGAAGAGGCUGGAUGCUGACAAGAUAUUUGAUUUGUUACCGGUCAAGGAGACGACCUAUAUUCCCUACGAGCUUGAAGAUCCAGUAGCAUGUUUACGUGUAAGACCAAGGAGAAAUGUAAUGCUAUACCCAGAUGGACCAUCCGAGGAGAAAAAUCAACCUUAUGAGGUUUUUCAGAAACUGGGACUGAAGCUGGCAACUAACCUGGUUAUAAGAGUACCUUCCUGCCUCAGCUACAAGGGGCUGCAGUACCAUCGGCCCUAUGGCUACAAUCCCUACCCUGUAACAAUGAACAGAUUUCACCUGGGUCCAGCGAUUCUGGGAUUUGGUCAAGCUGGACUUGGUGGAGUACCCGGUGUCGGAUUUAGUGCCGAUCCAGCUCCACCACCCAUACAGACAGUCCGUACGUUCUUCCCCGAGACAUGGAUAUGGGAUCUUGUGGAAGUUGGGGAGUCUGGAUCAGCAGACGUGCCCCUCACGGUCCCAGACACCAUUACCACCUGGGAGACAGAGGCAUUCUGCCUGGCCCCURGCGGCUUCGGUCUGGCUCCUCCUGUGGAGAUCACUGUCUUCCAGCCUUUCUUCCUAGAGCUCACCCUGCCCUACUCCAUCAUCCGUGGAGAGCAUUUUGAGCUGAAGGCCACUGUGUUCAACUACCUGUCCAAGUGCAUCAUGGUUUCUGUGACUCCGGCUCCUUCCUUAGACUACACUCUCACACCCCUGAAUGAUGUCCAGUAUUCAUCAUGCUUGUGUGCCARUGGACGAAAGACCUUCAGUUGGACAAUGGCACCCUCAGUCCUGGGGGAUUUGAAUGUGUCCGUUAGUGCAGAGGCUGUCCAGUCCCACACUGCAUGUGACAAUGAGAUUGUGAACGUACCAGAGAGAGGACGCAUCGACACAGUCACAAAGAGCCUGCUGGUGAAGGCGGAGGGAACAGAAAAGACCGACACCUACAACUGGUUGCUGUGUCCAACUGGAGAAACUCUGACAGAGGAGGUGGAACUGCAACUCCCCAAGAAUGUGGUGGAUGGAUCUGAUCGAAUUUCUCUCUCAGUCCUGGGGGACAUCCUGGGUCGGGCCCUCAAGAACCUGGAUGGACUGCUGCAGAUGCCGUAUGGGUGUGGAGAGCAGAAUAUGGCCCUCCUUGCCCCCAAUAUCUACAUACUUGAAUACCUGAGGAACACAGAGCAGCUCACUCCAGCCAUCCGAGACAAGGCCACCAAGUUCCUCACUAGUGGUUACCAAAGGCAGCUGAACUACAGGCAUUUUGAUGGUGCAUACAGCACAUUUGGACAAGGCUCAGGGAAUACUUGGCUGACUGCUUUUGUCUUGAGAUCCUUUGGCAAAGCACAGUCUUUCAUUUAUAUUGACCCGGCGCAAAUUGUGCGAUCCAAGACUUGGUUAGAACAUCAACAAGGCAAACAUGGGUGUUUCGUCGGAUUGGGGAAACUCUUUAAUAACAGAAUGAAGGGUGGUGUGACAGAUGAAGUCACACUGACGGCCUACAUCACUGCUUCAAUGCUGGAGCUCAAUAUGUCAGUGUCGGAUCCUGUUGUGUACGGCAGUUUGUCUUGCCUGAAGAACUCCACCAGUGAUUUGUCCAACACCUACACUACUGCUCUGCUGGCCUACACCUUUACCCUGGCAGGGGACAUGGAGACUCGGGCCCAACUUCUGCAGCACCUGGACACGGUCGCAUUACAAGAGGGGGGUCUCCUGCACUGGACUCAGACCUCCUCAGAGACUUCAGCCUCCCUGGCAGUGGAGAUCAGCUCCUACGUUCUGCUGGCUUCCCUCAGUGCCUCCCCUCUGUCUGCCACUGACCUGGGCUACGCCUCCCGCAUCGUCAGGUGGCUGGUGAGACAGCAGAACGCCUACGGAGGCUUCUCUUCCACACAGGACACAGUGGUGGCCCUCCAGGCCCUGGCUCUCUACUCCACCAGGGUGUUCAGUAGAGGAGGAGCCAGCACAGUGACGGUACGGUCUCCCAGUGGGGAACGGUGCCUCUUCCAUGUCAACCAAAACAACAAGCUUCUGUACCAGGAGAGGGCGCUGCAGGACACAGAAGGGAAGUACACGGUGGAAGUGAAGGGCAGUGCUUGUGCCUCAGUGCAGGUGGCACUCCACUACAACAUCCCUACUCCUACUGACAGCACAACGCUCAGUAUCCAGGUGAAGACAGAGGUGGACUGCAACAGCAACUCUUUGAGGCCCAGAGUCACGCUGAAACUCCAGUUUCAAUAUYAUGGAAAGGAGCUGACCACCAAUAUGAUUAUUGUGGAUUUGAAAAUGCUGUCUGGGUUUGCUCCAGACCCAGACUCUUUGGGGAGGCUGAGGAGGUCACUUCAAGUGGAUCGUGUUGAUACUGAAGAUAACCAUGUGUUAAUGUACUUGACAGAGUUACCAUCACUAUUGCCUUUCAACCACACCCUGGACAUCAUACAGGAGCUCCCAGUACAAAAUCUAAAGCCAGCGGUGGUCAAGAUCUACGACUACUACCAGCCMAGUGACCAGGCAGAAACAGAAUAUGUCUUCCCUUGCAAGUAGGGGUUACAAACUGGUGUAAGAAGAAAAUGACAUUCACAGAGGUCACACCUGCAACCCCUGAGAUAUAUUUUAAGCUCUAAAGUAAACUAUGUAACUGGAAUUAAAGUUUUCCAUUAUARCCCUA